ACGAGGAAGUUGACAUGCGAAGUUGGAAAUUAACCGACUGCAUCAGAAGAAAACAACCAGUGAUACGGGCGUAAGGUCGCGAUGGCUGUGUCUUUAAUUUCUUUCUUUAUCCCUUUUAUUUGCCUUUUAGCAGUUGCCCCAUCACUGCGUGCAGAAUUGACGUGGAAAAGAAGAAUUACAGUAUCACAACAUGGUGGAGUGGACACGAGCUCUUGCUGGAAUGAAACAAUUCCUUGUAAAACCUUAGACUAUGCCUUAGCUCAUGUAAUUAAUUCAACUCUUGUGCAGCUAAUAGCUGGAGAGAAGCCGUACAAUCUCAGCCAGCAUUUUGACUUCAUGAAUUUGCACGGGUUCGAAUUGGUUGGCGAUCCGUACUCGAUAGUUUCCAUCGAAUGCCCCUGGAAUAAUGGCAGUUUAUCUUUUGAAAACAGCGACAAUAUUACUCUGAGCGGAAUCUUGCUGCGUGGCUGUGGCGGACUGCAUGCAAGUACCACUGGCAGAGAUUUUAAAUAUCCCCACAUCGAGUUUUAUUCAGCUGUUUUUCUGGUGUACUGUAAACACAUUGUUAUCGACCACUGCAAUAUUGUCGACAGUCCCGGAAUUGGACUUAACAUGUACGACAUUGGUGGUGAGGUUCGUAUUUCACAUUCUCGGUUUGAGAACAAUCGGCCGGAUAACUUAAAAGAUGAUGAAAAAGAUGUAGCAAUUGCAGGAGGUGGCAUUUACAUGGAGUUAACCUACAGGGGUGGAACUUUUCCCUUUGAUUUCAAUUCAACAACAUUGGCUCAGUUUGACACCAACAGUAGUUACACUUUCUACAACUGUACGUUCAAAAAGAAUUGUGCACCAAGUCAACAGUAUGAAACAAUAGUCAAACUUCCAAUUGGGGAUGAUCACAUUCCCUUUGGAAGAGGAGGAGGUUUGUCUAUAUUUGUCAAUGGGAAAGCAGAAAAUAAUGUUAUUCAUGUGACUAGAUGUCUGUUUGAAGAAAAUACUGCCAUUUGGGGUGGCGGGAUUUUCAUAGAAUUUCAUGACAAAGUGCAAAACAACACAUUUGAAGUAACAGACUGUGUGUUUCAUAACAACAAUGCUACGUAUGCUGGAGGAGGCAUCAGAAGUGGUACCACUGCUGGAGACCAUCAGCUAGGGUUACUUCCAAACAAAAUGAAGUAUGAACUUUGCAAGUUUGAAAACAAUACUGCCAUCUUAGGAGGAGGAGUAUCAUUUUAUGAAUGGCAAUCUUUUUUCAAAGGCAAUGGUGAUGGGCUUUAUAUAGAAUACAAAAACUGUACCUGGAGGAACAACACAGCAACAAUGGGUUCUGCUAUUGGAAUGUCUACACAGGCAGCAGUAAAUGGUCUCCCAAAUUCUGUCACAAGAGGACCUAAACUUUAUGUUGUUGUUCUUGAGGACUGUAAUGUCACAAAAAACCACAUAAUAUUGACAGAAGAUGAAAAAGUCAUUGGCCAAGGAGCAAUUUAUUCCUACUCCCUACCAGUCAUUUUUAAAGGAGUUGUGUACAUUGAACAUAAUGACAAUACUGCAAUGGUGGUUGAGAAUGUUGUGCUGUACAUUUUUGGUCAUGUGACAUUCCGAAAUAACACAGGAGGGGAGGGGGGUGCACUAGGAUUGUAUGGCCUUUCAUUCUUAAUGCUUAUGCCAUACAGCACCCUUCACUUCUUUAACAACACUGCUCAAAAGAGAGGUGGCGCUAUUUAUGUGAAAGACUCUGGUCCUCCUGUGGUGGCCUUCAAUACAACUCAGCUUAAGACACGACAGUGUUUCCUUGCCUAUAACCACAGCUUCAGUCUACAGAAUAUCACGGAAUGGCAAACUCAAAUAGUUUUUGAGGGUAAUCUGGUAGUAGCAACAGGUGGUGGAGACUCAGUGUAUGCUUCCACUCUUCAAGGAUGCCGUGAAGAUGGAGAACCUCGCAUAAACCACAGAACUCUGGAGUGGGAAGACACAAUUCUAUAUCGGGAUGAAAACAAGAGCAGUGAAGCACAAAUAUCUACUGAUCCAGUCCUAAUCGAGUUCAAUGAAAAUGAGUGGAUGGUUUCUCCAAGUGAAGUCUUUGACCCAACUGUUGAGUUAAUUGAUGAAAAGAAUAGUUCUGUUUUGGGUGUUGUUAAGGUAACCAUAACUGAAGAACACAGUCAAAAUACCAAAGGCAAUGUUGAACUUGGAACAGCUUCUAAGUUGUUUCUAGUGCUUGGAGAUCAUCCCAAGAUCAACAGCUUGCAUCUUGUUGGAGGUGUAAAACGUCCAUUUAAAAUUCAACUCAGCACUGUUGUGGGUCGUGUUGUGCAGAGUUCUUCCAAAGGGAAAUUGACUUUACAACAUUGUAAUGAUGGAUUUGAGCAGACAGAUAGCAAGACCUGCUCUUGUAUCUCAAGCUCUGUUGAGUCAGGUAUUUCAAACUGUAGUUCAGAUGCCAAGUAUGUGUUCUUAAAGAGAGGAUAUUGGGGUGGAGUAAAAGACAAUAAAUUCAGCACAUACCCUUGUCCACCAUAUUACUGUAAUCUCUCUGAACGUAAACCAACUUUCCAAUACAGUCCUGAAACAAUGUGUACUAAAGGACGCGAUGGUACAAGCAUUCUGUGUGGAGCAUGCAAACAUGGCUACUCUGUGAAUUUAGGCAAUGAACAGUGCAGACCAUCAUGUACAAAUGUCCACAUUUUACUUUCCCUGGUAUUCUUUUUUGUGACACCUGUGCUGGUCCUAAUGGUGUUUCGGAUCAAUUUGGACAUCUUCACCACAUACCUCAACACCUGGCUGUAUUCUUAUCAAAUUAUUUUGUUUCUUCUUCAAGAAGGACAAAAACUUGAUCCCUUCAUCUCUUUUGUGAUUGGUCUUGCCAACUGGGAAAUAAAUGGUGCUGGAACUUGCUUUUACAAAGGAAUGACUAACCUUCAGAAACUUGGUGUGAAGUACAUUUUUCCACUGUAUGUUCUUCUCAUACUGGUGAUUUUGGCCAAGAUUGCAAAUUGCCGCCCUGCCUGCUACAUAAACAGGAAUGUCUCUCAUGCCUUCUGCACUCUGUUGGUUGUGUGUUACACAAAUGUGACCAUGAUUUCAUUCAACAUUGUUCACUAUGUUCCCAUACAAGAAAGAUGGGUGCUGUAUGCAAAUGGUAACAUCGACUUCAAAAGAGAUUGGAAGGAACACUUACCAUUUACCAUCAUUGCCUGCCUGUGGAUUAUUUUUUUUGUUAUGUUCAUACCGUUGAUUCUUCUCUUUACACCAUGGUUCUUAAAGCACUUUCGUUAUUUGAAAAAUUUCAGAUUGUACUAUGACAACUUCCAGAAGUGCUUUAAAAAUGAAUUCAGGUGGUUUGCAGCGUUUUAUUUUUUGUGUCGCAUUUACAUCCUGCUGAUUGCCUUGUAUGUUCCAUUUGGGCCCCUGAAGAGAUCCAUCCUGGAAGUGUCCUGUGUCCUCAUUGCAGUCACAGGUCUGUAUCUUCGUCCUUACAAUGAGCAGUAUGAGUACCUUAACAGACUUGAUGCAGUGCUUCUUACAAACUUGUGCUUGAUUGUUAGCUUCAGUUCGGGUAUUGUCAGUGAUGCACCAACAUCUGUCUUUAAUGGCCUUAGUCUGAUUGUAGAGCUUCUGGCAUAUGUACCUCUUGUUUACCUGCUUGUGCUUGUUCUGUAUCGUGGCUGGAAGUACUGCUGUCCAAAAGACUUUGAUGGUUACCAUGAAGGGAAAAGCUUAGCUUCUAUAACUGACACUGGAGCUCCUCCUUCACCAGUCUAUCACUGGUAA